CAGUCAUAUUGCAAAUAGUUCGUUGAACAUAUUCCAGGUUAAGAUUCCCCUCAAAGUUAGCGAUGAGAACAUUCCUGGCAUUAUCCUUGCCGCUGUGCUUUUUUUUUGUCGCGGUCAGUGCCAGUCCCGAGGACCUGGCUGUCUUCAAAACGGGACUCCAAAGUCUCUCCCGCGCAGUCAACAACUACGAAAGCGAUUUCAAUAACAACCUUAAAUUCCGUGACCUGCAAAGUGCCAUCGAUGUGGUGGACACACAGUUGCUUGGAUUCCUGGGCACCGCCAAGAGGCACCUGGACAAUGUUCGAAACUUGAAUUCGAACGCCUAUCUGACGUACGGUAGGGCUACCGGUGCGGCAUUGGAGUGGUGCGUUUCGUACAACUCAACUGUGAAUCUUUUCACCGGGAACAUAAAUGAACCUAUUACGGAUUCCGACAAGCAAAUGCUGUGGAAAAUGGUUUUGGCGACGGUGAGCCAAGGCCUGGUCAAGAUCGGCGACUCCUUUAAAGUACUGAAAGACGUCAAACAGCGUAGGAAUGAACUGCACCAGAAUCUGGAAGAAAUGCACAGGAGUUUCAACUUUGACCUGGGUCCACGAGGCUUCUACGAAAUGAGGACUCAAGAUUUAAUACGAAAAGAUGAUACAUUGAAUCGUCGCUUGGUGGCGGAAAUCGAUAUUCGGUUUAGGCAGAACGAAGUAGGACCCCAUUUCGUAUCGGAGACUGCAGACUGUUUGAAUUCAACUUUUGAUAGAGUUUCGGCGCAUCGAAAGAAUGAACUGUCCCAAGUUUUAGCCGGUCUUAGACCAAUCGAGGGAUCAAUUGAAAAAGCUGCCAAACUGGCAAAUAUUCCAGAGUUUGACGUGGAAGAGGACAGGACCAAAAUUGAUGCCCUGAAAACGCGCAUGUCUCAGGAAGAAUUGAAGCAAAAAGUGAUCUUGGAAAACGAUUGGGAUUCUCAAGUUAAACUUGUGCCGCUUUUGCAAAGUUUGGGUGCCGAUUGCAAAAAAUAUGAAAUGAAGAAAAAAGCAUAAACAAAUUUAUAAAAUUGUGUAACAGUCUAUUUCGCAGAAUAAUAAAAUAAAUUUCUGUCAUUUUGAACAUUUUUAAUUGAAUAGUCUUUUGAAUUUAAGGUUUACUCGGAAAAUGAUUCAUGAAUAAAAUUUAAACUUUUCAACAUGCGCUCUAGGCGAUAAGGUA